CCAGACCAGAACCAUGGAGAACUUUUAGAUCCUGUUUAAAUCCAGAACCAACCGAGGAACCACUGGGGAGAAGGGAGGCGAGUUGACGUUUUGCAGUAUGGGCAACACUUCUGGCAAGGAGCAGCAAGGACCUGCAGGUACUACAGUUGAUCAGACUCCUCCCACGUCUCCGAAUUCUCCCGUUUCCCUCUCACCCGAAGUCUCCCAUCCUCCGAGCCCCGCCCGGUCCGUCCCCGAUCCCGUUCCCGACAGAACGACGGCCUCCCCCACCAUGACCGGUCCGGGAGGCUCUCCGUCCUCGGACCGAGCCGAGUGUGAACGCGCCGACGCCUCUCCGCUGUCUUCGCAGCCCAAGAAGGCCGCGGACACUCCGCUAAGCUUCUUCAGACGGAGCCAGAGCUCGAUGACCGCGCCCACUGCGCCGGCGGAGUCGCCCGAGGGUGGGCGGGGUUGUGAGGGUUGGGUGGAUGUGGGACUGCUGCAGGAAUGUUUGGUCUCCUUGGGGUUCGGCGUCGCAGAUAAGAAGUCGCACUCGCUGACAGAUGUUUUACGAGGUUUCCUGAAUGAACGAGAUGUGAUCAGGGAGGAAAUGAAAACCCUGAAGGACAAAAUGCAGAAAGAACACAACGAGUGGCUGCAGUUCCAGUCCGACCUGCAGGUGGCGCUGGUGGUGGCCGACCGGCUGAGGGCCGAAGCGGAGGGAGAGCUGAGCACGCUCAGAGAGGCGCGGCAGGACUGGGAGAAGCGCCUGGCCGACGCCCAGCGGGGGCGCCAGGAGAUGGAGAGUCAGAUGGAAAGGCUGAAGGUCGAGCUGGAGCGGAGCAGACGGAGACCGGGCGAGGCGAACGAGACUCACGGCCAGCAGGGGGCGGCGGAGGAGAUCGUGAGCCAGAAUGGGGAGACCCAGAGGGACGAGAAACAAAAACAGAAAACGGAGAAGGAGAACGGUACCGCAGAAAGGUUAAAAAAACCGUCACCCUUCAAAAUACUGAACGGUUCAUCCCAGAGUUCUACAGUAACGACCGCAAAACCUGUCAAAACAAAUAAUAAUCAAACAUCAGAGAGAAUCAGUUCAGAUCAAAAGGACAAUCUGCUCAAUUUAAAUAAAGAUAAAAAGGAGGAACGAUCUUCUCCUCUUAUAGAAACUCCUCAGAUAAAAUCCAGCCACGUGAAGCCUCAGGAAGAUUCCAACAAACUGUUUCGGUGGGUCGGUGGAUCCAAACGGAACUCGAUGCUGCGCUGGUGCCAGAACAAAACCACCGGGUACCAGAAUAUCGAGAUUACGAAUUUCAGAAGUAGCUGGGUGGACGGUCUCGCCUUCUGUGCUGUGUACCAUUCCUACCUUCCCUCACAAGUAGAGUUCGCCACACUCACGCCGGAGAACAAGAAGGAAAAUCUCUCACUGGCGUUUCAGACUGGACAGAAUGUCGGAAUCACACCAACACUGACGGUGGAGGAGAUGCUAAAGACUGAGGGACCCGACUGGCAAAGAGUUCUGGGAUACGUGCAGAGUAUAUACCAACAUUUUGAGAAGAACUUAUGAACUUCCGCAGACUGGGUUCAAAUCAGGACUUUUUAAUGCACAUUUUUAUGAACUGUGAUGUAUGAACCCCCUUGCUAGUGAUGAAACACACAACGAAGCUCAUUUGAAGAUUCAGUGUUUUCAUUUAAACUUUAGGUCUUGAGAUUAGGAACCUGGAGGAACCAGGAGGAACCUGGAGGAACCAGGUAAAACAAGUGUCCGGGGGUCCUCAGUUCAGUCCUUGUGUGUUUUCCCUGUGUCUGUAUGGCUUUCUUCAGCUGCGCAUGCAAAAGGUGGAUUGGUUAAAUCGUUCUUAUGUGUGAUUGAAGUGAACGAGUGAGCAUGUGGUUCACCUACCAAUCACUUCACAAUAAUCAAUAGUGCUAACAGGACAUCUCUUUUUGAGGUCUAUUCGUACUGUAAAGACUGUCCAGACAGCAAAUCAAACUGUCAUGUGAUGUUGUUUUGUUUGUCUUGUAUUGCAUCUGUAGAAGGACUGUGGGUGUUGCCUUGCUUGAUUGAUUUAAGGGUAAAAACGCUUUACCAGCCAAACAUGAUUUUAACACCGACGUUUAAUUAGGCGCAUAUGGAGCUAAAAGCACUACGACAUGUUUGAGUUUACAAUGUAUGAAGUGUUGAUAAAGGUUUUUUUUUUGUCUGUUCGGUUGUUUUACUUUUUGUGGGCUUGAAAAGUCGCUUCUGUUACUGGUGAAUAAGUGUGUAAAAAUGCCAAAAUAUUCUGUAUUAACAAGUGCCAAAAAGUAACUGUAAAUGUGCCUUUAAUUUAAUGUAGAUAUUAAAACGUUAGAUCU